UACAUCCUACCACCCAGUGGAUUUGAUAUUAUGGCAGCAACUUACAGACUUGUGGUUAGUACUGUGAACCACUACAGCAGUGUGGUGAUAGACCGGCGUUUUGAGCAAGCGAUACAUUAUUGCACUGGAACCUGCCACACCUUCACACAUGGAGUUGACUGCAUUGUGAUACAUCAUAGUGUUUGUGCAGACCUCUUACACAUCCCUGUGUCUCAGUUCAAAGAUACAGAUCUGGACUCUCUGUUUUUACCCCAUGAAAAUGGGUUUUCCUCAGCUGAAGGUGACUAUCCCCAUCAAGCCCUCACGGGCAUACCCAAGGUCAGGAAAGGAUCUACAUUUCAGAGUACCUGUAAUUUAAAGGACAUUGCAGGAGAAGCAAUCAGUUUUGCCAGUGGGAAAAUAAAAGAAUUUUCCCUUGAAAAACUCAAAAACUCCAACCACGCCGCUUAUAAAAAGGGAAGGAAAGUUAAAUCUGACUCAUUCAACAGGAGGUCAGUUGAUUUUGACUUGCUCUGUGGCCAUUAUAACCAUGAUGGGAACUCUCCAUCCUUUGGUUUACUCCGGAGUUCCUCAGUUGAGGAAAAAUCUUUGUCCCAUAGAAACUCACUCGAUACAAACCUGACUUCAGUGUUUCUUCACAACUUCUCUGAAGAAGACCUGGUUACUCAGAUUUUAGAAAAACAUAAAAUAGAUCAUUUUUCUUCUGGUACAGACAUAAAGAUGUGCUUAGACAUCUUGCUAAAAUGCUCCGAGGAUUUGAAAAAAUGCACAGACAUCAUAAAACAGUGUAUAAAGAAAAAGACAGGGAGUAGCAUCAAUGAAGGAAACGGUAAUGAUGCAGUUUCUAGCUCUGAAACUGUCUACAUGAAUGUAAUGACCAGGUUAGCAUCCUACCUGAAAAAGCUACCAUUUGAAUUCAUGCAGUCUGGGAAUAAUGAGGCUAUAGAUUUAACAGAACUGGUCAGUAAUAUGCCUAGUUUACAACUGACUCCCUUUUCCCCAGUGUUUGGCACCGAACAGCCCCCUAAGUAUGAAGAUGUUGUCCAGCUCUCAGCCCUUGACUCUGGACAGUUUCAAACUAUAGAAUUGCAAGAUGACCAGCACAGUUCUAGAAAAACAGACACUAUAAAACCCAUUCCAAAUAACUCCACAAAUUCCUUAUAUAAUUUAGAGAAAAGUGAUCCCAGAACUCUAAAAGAUGUUCAGCUUCAAUCACAGUCACUAACUGUAAAUCCUUUAGAAAAUGUUUCGUCUGGUAAUCUCAUAGAAAGCCUAUAUAUUGAAGAAGAGUCAGAUGGAAAGAAAGCAUUAUAUCAAGAACAGAAGACAGAAAAUGGACCCUCUCCAGAGUUGAUAAAGGUAAAUGAAGAUAGAGCAGAAUUAUCAGACCAUGGUACUCAUCUUAAAAAAUGUCCUGCCUCAAUGCAAAAUGAAAUUGGUAAGAUAUUUGAGAAAUCAGUUGUUAGUCAUCCUGAAGAAGAUCUUAAAUCUAAAGUUCCUGAAGGUGAAGAGGAAAACCACAGAGAUUUUAUGAAUUCUAACAGCCAGGAAGAGAUAGAUAAAUUGUUAAUGGACUUGGAAUCUUUCUCCCAGAAGAUGGAGACCUCUCUAAGAGAGCCACUUGCUAAAGGUAAAAGCUCUGACUCUCUAAAUAGUCAGAGUCAGUUGAUUGGUCAGCUGCCAGGUCUUGAGCCUAAAUCUAAAGUCUCCUCACCCACAGAAAAAGUGUCACCUUCCUGUCUAACAAGGAUUAUUGAAACCAAUGGACACAAAAUAGAGGAAGAGGAUCGAGCCCUCUUACUGCGGAUUCUAGAAAGCAUUGAAGAUUUUGCUCAAGAAUUGGUUGAAUGCAAAUCAGGCAGAGGGAGCCUAUCACAAGAAAAAGAGAUGAUGCAGAUUCUACAAGAAACCUUGACAACUUCCUCCCAGGCCAAUUUGUCAGUCUGCAGAAGUCCUGUUGGUGAUAAAGUCAAAGACACUACCUCAGUGGUUUUGAUUCAGCAGACCCCAGAGGUGAUCAAGAUUCAAAAUAAACCAGAAAAGAAACCUGGAACACCACUUCCACCUCCAGCCCCCUUUCCAAGUAGUCCCCGACCUCCCUCCCCUGUUCCUCACGUGAAUAAUGUUGUGAGUGCAGCAUUAUCCAUCAACAUUCCACGGUUCUACUUUCCUGAAGGACUCCCCGAUGCCUGCAGUAAUCAUGAACAAACUCUAAGCAGAGUUGAAGCUGCUUUCAUGGAUAUUGAAGAUCAGAAAGCAGACGUUUAUGAAAUGGGAAAAAUUGCAAAGGCCUGCGGCUGUCCUCUUUAUUGGAAAGCCCCCAUGUUCAGGGCUGCAGGGGGAGAGAGGACAGGAUUUGUGUCAGCACAGUCAUUCAUCACCAUGUGGAGAAAGUUGCUGAGUAACCAUCAUGAUGAUGCCUCUAAGUUUAUCUGUCUUCUUGCAAAGCCCAGCUGCAGCUCUCUAGAACAGGAUGAUUUUAUUCCUUUACUUCAGGAUGUGGUAGAUACACAUCCUGGCCUCACGUUCCUGAAAGAUGCUCCAGAAUUCCACUCCCGGUACAUCACCACGGUUAUUCAGAGAAUAUUCUACACAGUCAACAGAUCAUGGAGUGGAAAAAUUACUGCAACAGAGAUAAGAAAAAGCAACUUUUUGCAAACUCUAGCCCUUUUGGAAGAAGAAGAAGAUAUAAACCAAAUCACAGAUUACUUCUCCUAUGAACACUUCUAUGUUAUUUAUUGUAAAUUCUGGGAACUAGAUAGUGAUCAUGACCUCUACAUCAGCCAGGCCGAUCUAUCUCGAUACAAUGACCAGGCUUCAUCAAACAGGAUUAUUGAAAGAAUAUUCUCUGGGGCAGUAACAAGGGGUAAAACAGUACAGAAAGAGGGACGAAUGAGCUAUGCAGAUUUUGUUUGGUUUUUGAUCUCUGAGGAAGACAAAAGGAACCCCACCAGCAUCGAGUACUGGUUCCGCUGUAUGGAUGUGGAUGGGGAUGGAGUGCUCUCCAUGUACGAGCUGGAAUACUUCUACGAGGAGCAGUGUGAACGGAUGGAAGCCAUGGGCAUUGAGCCUUUGCCAUUCCAUGAUUUGUUGUGCCAGAUGCUUGACCUGGUAAAGCCAGCCAGUGAUGGCAAAAUAACUCUACGAGACCUGAAGAGAUGCAGAAUGGCUCACAUCUUUUAUGACACUUUCUUUAAUCUGGAGAAAUACUUAGACCAUGAACAGAGAGAUCCCUUUGCGGUCCAGAAGGAUGUUGAGAAUGACAGUCCUGAGCCCUCCGACUGGGACAGGUUUGCUGCUGAAGAGUAUGAGACCCUUGUAGCAGAAGAGUCUGCCCAAGCACAGUUCCAGGAAGGCUCCUUUGAAGAUUAUGAAACAGAAGAGCCUCCCUCUCCCUCUGAAAUUGUAAACAAAGGCAAUAAAAUAGUGACCUCAAGCCUUUCAGAGAAAUGUGGAAAGCUUCAGUCAGUGGAUGAAGAAUAGUUGCCAGUGUCUACAUGAAAGGGAGAUGUUUUUCAAAAAAAAUUUGUGAAGAGAUGCUCUAGUUUGCAUAUUGCAUUUUAAAAGCUUUGAUUUCUGCAAGUGUGUAUCUGCACUAGGAACUUUUUAACGUUUUUGAGCAAUAGCUCUGGAUACACAUACCCAAUUUGGGAGACUCCUCCAGUUUGCCUCAAACCUCCUACAGAGCUUUUCCUCAGAAGCAAAUGAUAUAUACAUCACCUUCCAACGUCUGUAAAUCAGCACUCUUCACCCUGAAUGUACCAAGAAUCUCUUGGGGACAGUGCCAAGCACGGCUCUCUGCACAAAAGCAGAAGUUGCCUCUGUUGUCCAGUAUCCCUGAGGCCCAUCAGGGCUCCUAUGGAGCCCAGAAGAAACCUUCACUUGCAGAAAACUUGAGUCAAGAAAUUCUGGAACUUGAAAAAGCAGUCAGGGCCUCCAGAACUGAAUUAGCCCUGGUAAUAAAAGCACUGCCAAAACAUCUCAGAGACUUCUUUUAAUUGUAUGUGUACUGGAGUUCAAAGAUCUUGAACUUAAUGUAAUUUCACAAUGACCUGCCAAACUGCUAGUCACUUUACAUCCUCAGGUAUUGUAACCACUGGGCCUUCCAACCUUGCUAGCAAGCUCUAACCCUCCCCCCAUCCUGACUGUGGACCUUAUAUAAAACCUGAAGAAAAACUUAACUGCGGACAAGUACAGAAUAUGACUCCUAAUUGGGAGGAAAAAGUUUCCUUUUAACUCAUCUAACAUUUGUAGCAAAUUAUUAAGUGAUUUAUUAAUCUAAAAAUUAG